AUUCACGUGAAUGAGCUUGAUGAAAUUAUUGAUCAAACAGAACAUACAUGUAAUGGCCCUUGUUCUGAUCCCAUAAUUAUGAGACAAAAAUUAGCAGGCGCUUGUAAACGCAAAGCCGUAGACGAUAUUUGCCAAAGACCGCAAAAAAUAAUUUUAGGGGAAAUUCAAACAUUAAGUAAUAAUAAUUUUACGACAACGGAUGUGUCAUGUAUUCGCCAAACUAUUUAUCGCACUAGAAGACAAUUUUUUCCUACUAAUCCAGAAUCUAUAAGUGAAUUACAUACAAUUAUUGAUCAUACAGAAAUACUAACUACGCGCGGAGAACAGUUUUUAUUACACAACGAUCAUGAGAAAAAUAUUAUUAUUUUUUCUUGUGAUACAAACCUCAAAUUUCUUUGCAAUUCCAAAUCAAUAUAUGUAGAUGGAACUUUUCAGUAUUGCCCAAAACAUUUUGUACAAUUAUUUACCAUACACGGAUAUAUAAACAAUUACUAUGUACCACUUGUUUUUUGUUUAUUAAAAAAUAAAUUUAUAGAGACUUAUAAAGAAGCUUUUGAGGUUAUAAAAUAUAAAUGCACUGAAAAAAAGUUAUUACUGUAUCCUGAAAAUAUAACUGUCGAUUUCGAAGUUUCUAUUCACAAAGCUGCUCUAAUUGUGUGGCCAUUAAUUACUAUUAUUGGUUGUAGAUUUCACUUAACCCAGAGUUGGUACAGAAAACUUCAAGAGUUAGGUUUGAGUAAUGCUUAUAAAACAUGUGAAUGGUUAAAAGGUACCUUCGGGUUAACUUUUUUAAAUCCAGAAGACGUGUCUGAUUGUUUCGUUGAUGACUUCAUGACAUUAAUACCUGAGGGAACAGCUUUCAUUCAGUAUGCUGAUUAUUUAAUCGACAAUUAUAUUUCUGAGGAAAGCAAAUAUCCUCCAAAAAUUUGGGCAUUGAUGGACCCCUCAUUAGCCCGGACAACAAAUAAUUGUGAAUCAUUCCAUUCACAUUUUAAUGAUCAAUUUUAUAAGGCACAUCCUUCUAUUAAUAUAUUUUUAAAAAUUUUAAUAGAAAACGUUCAAUCUUAUAAUUACAUUAAAAUAUAUAGUUCUAAUAACGCAAUCUCAAUAAGCGUACGGAGUAAAAUUGAAAUCCGUUCCAAUAAAACAAAAGAGGCAAUUGAUAAGUAUAAUAAAAAAGAAAUUAGCAGACUUGAAUUUGUAAAAUUAGUUUCCAACAACUACCGAAAAUUGUAUAGAUCAUAGAUCUAUUUUUUAUUAUAUUAUU